UUCUUGCUUGACUGGUUUUACAGUAACAAAUAGGAGUCGACCAGUCAGCACCAGUAACCCAUGCAAUGUGACUCUACCUUUGACUGAGUAUCUGAUUGAAAUUCAGAUCAAUAGCAUGGACAGCAGCAUCACUGAUCGGCUGAGGAACCUCCUGAUGUUUUUCAGGUCGCCCUACACAAUCAGCGACAGCACUAACAUUACAGAAAUCAACAUAACUACUGUGUGUUCUCUGAAUGAAACACAGUAUCAGUGUAAAUGUGAGGGUCUGUUUGUUUGGCCGAAUGACACGUGUCACUCAUACGAGGCCUGUGAUGUCAUCACUGAUGGUUCAUGUACAUGUAUCAAUGCCCUUCCAGCCGACGGACAGUUCUGCCAAGUACUACCUUCUAAAUACGUGAUUGACAUUGAUGUGAGAUUCUUUGACUUGUUCCUGGUGGACUACUUACGGAAUAUCGUCAGAAAUAUCAGCCUGCCUUUGACUCUGAGAAACAGCAUUAAUAUCACAGAUAUCGACAUGACUACUGUGUGUGGGUUAAAUGGAACAGAAUAUGAGUGCAAGUGUGAGGAGAAUCAUGUUUGGCCCAAUGACACCUGCAGGGCCUAUCAGGUGUGUGAUGGCAUUGUGGGAGGCACUUGUGGAUGUAUUCAAGCUCUCCCUUCAGAGGGUUCACUCUGCCAAAGAGACAUCAACGAAUGUAAAGAUGCAGUGUCAGUGUGUGGUCAAUACUCAGAUUGUAUUAAUAUCAUUGGGAGUCACAUGUGUUCAUGCUGGAGUGGAUUUAAUAUCUCCAAUAAAGACAGUCCUGUGAGCCGCAACAACUCAUGUCAGGAUAUAAAUGAAUGUCUAUUCAGUCCAUCUGUAUGUGGUCCAAAUUCCAUCUGCACAAAUCAGCUGGGAAGUUACAAUUGUUCAUGUCUGGAUGGAUUCACUGCAACAGUUUCAAGUUUCCCCGUCAGCAUCAAUAACAUAUGCACAGAUGUGCAUGAAUGUCUUAACACAUUGGAGGUCUGUGGUCCAAACUCUCGUUGCAUCAACUCAAUGGGGGGUUACAACUGUUCUUGCUUGACUGGUUUUACAGUAACAAAUAGGAGUCGACCAGUCAGCACCAGUAACCCAUGCAAUGUGACUCUACCUUUGACUGAGUAUCUGAUUGAAAUUCAGAUCAAUAGCAUGGACAGCAGCAUCACUGAUCGGCUGAGGAACCUCCUGAUGUUUUUCAGGUCGCCCUACACAAUCAGCGACAGCACUAACAUUACAGAAAUCAACAUAACUACUGUGUGUUCUCUGAAUGAAACACAGUAUCAGUGUAAAUGUGAGGGUCUGUUUGUUUGGCCGAAUGACACGUGCCACUCAUACGAGGCCUGUGAUGACAUCACUGAUGGUUCAUGUACAUGUAUCAAUGCCCUUCCAGCCGACGGACAGUUCUGCCAAGUACUACCCUCUAAAUACGUGAUUGACAUUGAUGUGAGAUUCUUUGACUUGUUCCUGGUGGACUACUUACGGAAUAUCGUCAGAAAUAUCAGCCUGCCUUUAACUCUGAGAAACAGCAUUAAUAUCACAGAUAUCGACAUGACUACUGUGUGUGGGUUAAAUGGAACAGAAUAUGAGUGCAAGUGUGAGGAGAAUCAUGUUUGGCCCAAUGACACCUGCAGGGCCUAUCAGGUGUGUGAUGGCAUUGUGGGAGGCACUUGUGGAUGUAUUCAAGCUCUCCCUUCAGAGGGUUCACUCUGCCAGAGAGACAUCAACGAAUGUAAAGAUGCAGUGUCAGUGUGUGGUCAAUACUCAGAUUGUAUUAAUAUCAUUGGGAGUCACAUGUGUUCAUGCUGGCGUGGAUUUAAUAUCUCCAAUAAAGACAGUCCUGUGAGCCGCAACAACUCAUGUCAGGAUAUAAAUGAAUGUCUGUUCAGUCCAUCUGUAUGUGGUCCAAAUUCCAUCUGCACAAAUCAGCUGGGAAGUUACAAUUGUUCAUGUCUGGAUGGAUUCACUGCAACAGUUUCAAGUUUCCCCGUCAGCAUCGAUAACACAUGCACAGAUGUGCAUGAAUGUCUUAAUACAUUGGAGGUCUGUGGUCCAAACUCUCGUUGCAUCAACUCAAAGGGGGGUUACAACUGUUCUUGCGUGACUGGAUUUACAGUAACAAAUAGGAGUCGACCAGUCAGCACCAGUAACCCAUGCAAUGUGACUCUACCUUUGACUGAGUAUCUGAUUGAAAUUCAGAUCAAUAGCAUGGACAGCAGCAUCACUGAUCGGCUGAGGAACCUCCUGAUGUUUUUCAGGUCGCCCUACACAAUCAGCGACAGCACUAACAUUACAGAAAUCAACAUAACUACUGUGUGUUCUCUGAAUGAAACACAGUAUCAGUGUAAAUGUGAGGGUCUGUUUGUUUGGCGAAUGACACGUGUCACUCAUACGAGGCCUGUGAUGACAUCACUGAUGGUUCAUGUACAUGUAUCAAUGCCCUUCCAGCCGACGGACAGUUCUGCCAAGUACUACCCUCUAAAUACGUGAUUGACAUUGAUGUGAGAUUCUUUGACUUGUUCCUGGUGGACUACUUACGGAAUAUCGUCAGAAAUAUCAGCCUGCCUUUAACUCUGAGAAACAGCAUUAAUAUCACAGAUAUCGACAUGACUACUGUGUGUGGGUUAAAUGGAACAGAAUAUGAGUGCAAGUGUGAGCAGAAUCAUGUUUGGCCCAAUGACACCUGCAGGGCCUAUCAGGUGUGUGAUGGCAUUGUGGGAGGCACUUGUGGAUGUAUUCAAG